UCUUGAGUCUUGGUCACUGCUCACGCGUUUCAAACAAGUAUUUGUCCUGCGAGGCUGUUCAUAUCUGAAGCCUGUAUGACAACCAUUCUUUUUACACGUGCUUGAAUGAAAUCUCGUGCAGUCGUCUCGUUUGAAGUAUAAAGAGCAAUGUUUGCGCCUGGUUAUUGCACUGGUUAUUCUGGACCGGAUUAAUUCUUCACAUUUAAAAUCCUGUUUUUCACAAAACUAGGAUUAGAUUUUUAUUUAAAACGUUUGUAGGUAAUAGUUUCUAUGGUAAGAAGCGGAAUAUAUUAAUUUGAAUUAAAACAAGUAAAACGGGGGAAAAAGAAUAAACUGAAUAUCCGAUGACAGAGAGAUCAUAUCCCAUAAUGAACUGCAGACGCCACCACCUGCUCACAGUUUUUUUGAUUUUGCUUUGUAUUGCACUGUCUGUUUGUUUGUUGCAACUGGGGGCCAUGGAUAUCAUGAAAACCAUAAUGGCAUCUGGGUACUCUGGCACCUCUCACCAUGUCAUUUUUGUCAAACCAAAAAUUGGAGCAUUUCUCAGUACAAAUCGCUCAUCAUGUUCCAGUGAAGGUAUGCUUACAAAACCAAAAAUAUCUGAAGAACUGCUGAAGGGCAUUGUGCAGCGCAGAGCAGAGGAGUACAGGCAACAUCAGAUUAGGAUGGGGGCAAACUUGGACAAAUUUAUUAUUGCACCAGCCAACUCUCCUCUCCAAUAUCCAAUCACAGGUUUCACAGUAUCUCCAUUGAAAAAAUCUGUAAUACCAGGUCUUGCUCUUCAAACACAAAAGAGGGAGGUGUACAAGGUGUCUUUGAGUGCGAAGACUGGAGUGCUUUCUGUGGACAGUGUCACGGCUGGAGAUCAGGUGGAUGGACAGGGUCAAAGUAAUCUGACCAUCUCAUCCAGCAGCCUCACACAUGUCAAUGAUCUGCUGUCCAGAGUGACCUACUACAGCACCAUCUACCACAUCAAAACAUCAGACUUUGUUCAUUUCAUAUUUGAGGACCAUGAAGUUGUGUUUCCCAUCCUGAUUAGGAGACAAACGGUUCCUUCUCUGUAUGACCCAGGGACAGAUGUCAACUCGCAGGUAACCGUACUAACCAAGACAUUUCUGCGGUAUAAGGAGCUGAAUGUCCUCAUCCAGAGUAUCCGGAUGUAUUACCCAGAUAUAAUGAUAAUUAUCGCGGAUGACAGCAUGAAGCCUGAACCUGUGACUGGAAAAAACAUCGAGCACUACAUCAUGCCCCCUACACGGGGCUGGUUUGCAGGGAGGAAUCUUGCUGUAUCACAAGUCACCACCAAAUACUUCCUGUGGGUGGACGAUGACUUUCAGUUUUUGAAAGGAACCAGGAUUGAGAGCUUUGUAGAGAUUAUGGAAGCGGUUCCAGAACUGGACAUUCUUGGUGGUGACGUUUCAGGCAAUCAGUAUUAUUUCACAUUUGAGUACGAAGAGGGAGAUGAAGAGGAAGGCGGCUGCCUGACACGCAUUAAAAAAGGCUUUCAUCAGCAACUUCCGAACUUUCCAAACUGCUUUCUAGUAGAUGGAGUUGUAAAUUAUUUUUUGGGUCGGACAGAUGCAGUGAGAAGGGUUGGCUUUGACCCGUACCUGAAAAGAGUGGGUCAUUCUGAGUUCUUUAUGGAUGGACUUGGACAACUGUUGAUUGCUUCCUGUAAAGGCCUCUCCAUUGGACACCAAAGACAUCGGCCUCGGGGGAAAUAUGCCUACUUCAGAACUCAGAAGAAAUCUGAGGGGAGGAAUAAAGUGUAUCAUCAUUUCUUUAAGAACUAUCUGAAACACGUAAAGUUCUGAAGGCUUUUUGUCCUCCUCUCCCAUAAGAUUUUGACUUACUGAAGGAAUAUUCUGACUCGUCCAUCCUUGUUUCAGAUUUAGGUUUGCUUGCAAGACAGCUACAACUGGGUUAUAACUGCAAUUAAAAAACAAACAAACAAUAUAUAUACUUGAGCCUGUCCAAAUGUGGCAGCAUACUUUUUUUUUUUUUAUAAACAUGAAACCAGUUGGAUCCCCAGUCUAAGAAAUUUCUUUCUGUAAAUUAAUUUAUUUAACCAGCAGUGGAUAUUAUUAGUCUCCAUGUUAGUUUUUUCUUGUCUGCUAAGGUCUGCAGCAUCUCUGUGUCUGUAUUGUUAAAUAAAUAAUAGAUGAUAUUCUGCUAAUGUGUUUGUAUAAGAUGCCAAAUGACUGCUCAACAUGUUUUGUCAAUAUUACAUUGUAAUAUUUUGUGAACAAUUUGUAACCCUUUAUAGGGUUAAAUAAACUUGUAUGUUAU